AAGAUUGGGAGAACGAGUUUCUUCCUUCAGGCUUUACAAAAUAUACAUUUAUUAGCAAUGGAAAAGAUUCAGUUAAUGAAUUACAUGAAAAAGCAAAUGAUCUAGAAUACCUAAUGAAUUUCUGUGGAAGAAAAUUAACUUAUUUAAAUGUAAAAAAGUAUCCUAUUUCUCAAAUAAUGCCAAUAAUCAAUGCUAAUUGUCCAAAUCUUGAGACCCUUUAUAUUAAAUUCAAAGAAAUAAUGAGUCAAGAUUUUGAAAAUUGUUUUUCUAAUAUGUUUCACCUUAAAACACUGACGAUUGUUUGGGAAUGUAAAAAUUCAACUCUACCAAUGACUUUAGCCAAGUCAUUUGAAAAAAUUCGUAAAACCUUGAGAGUUUUAUAUCUUCUAUGUACUUUAGAAAGAAGUGAUAUUUUCUCACCAGAUUCAUUGGCUUUGGUAUUUCCUCGACUAACCGGUUUGAAUUGUUUAACUAUACGUAAUUUUGAACUAAGUCAACUUUUCCUCCAGUCGAUAGGUGAAAUAAAAAAUUUGGCUGAUCUAAGAUUACACCCAUUUUGGCCGAAAAAACAUCCUAUGUUUGAUACAAAAAUCAAUAUGUAUCCAAUUGGGAAUUUACAAAAUCUCGAGAAGUUACGGAUUGAUUGUGAUUAUGGUGUUGAAGAUGAAUUUUUGACUAAUCUUUGUAAUAAUGCUAAAAAACUAAGGAAUUUACAAAUAGUUGGCACACAUAUAACUGAUAUUGGUAUGAGAGCAAUUGAUAAUUUACAAGAAUUAGUAAAUUUUAAUCUUGGUUUGCGAACAGAAACAAAUGAAUUAAUCACUGAUGAAUCAAUUCAAUGUUUAUUCAAUAAAAAAUUGACGUUCAUAAAGAUAUUAAAUUGCAUUAAAAUCACUGAUAAAGGGGUAUCUAAACUUGUUGAAAAUUUACCAAAUUUAUAUAGUUUAUAUAUUACAAAUACUGAUGGAACUGUCAUUAGAAUAUAUAAAUUAAAAAAUCAUGGUGAAAAACCACUAAUUGUAUAUGAUGAUAAGCCAUGUGGUGACUAUUAUUAAAUAAUCAGUGGAAUCAAAUAUUUUUUUUUUUUCAUAGUCUAUAGAGUUGAAUAAAUAAAGAAACUAUUAUAUUAAAUUAAUAAAUAACAAUAAAAAAUGUAUUAAUUUAAA